AUGGCAACUGCACCACCACAACAGCCUGAGACUGAAUCUACUCCACUAACGACACCAAAAGGAAUAGGUACAUGGAGCUAUUUUUCUGUUGGUUUUGCAGCUACUGAUCAUAAUUCAUCGAAAAAGAAAGAACCUCCUACCUCAAAGAUCAUCUGUCUUGGGUUAGUGUUGGUAGUGAUUGUACUGCUUCUAAUUGUUGGGCUGGCUCUGAUGGUUGUCAAGUAUACGCUCUUUGUUGAUGCAGUGUGUCACCACCCCAAUAGCUCCAGUGCAGGUGAUCGCUUGUUCUAUGUCAACGGUAAUAAGAUUGAGAAUGGCGGCUACAUGCAUGUCGUGUUGAUCAUCUUCUCAGCCUUUAUCUCAUUUAUCAAGAUCCCGGAAUAUAUUGCGCUUGCUUGCGGGACCCAUAAUUGGCUCUUACAUAAACGCCGCUCUGGCAUAUCAGCCCCUCCCACUACCCGCUCUUGUGGCUGUGUGUGUGUCACUGCUCGCUCUUGUAGCUGUGUCACCACCCGCUGUUGUGGCUGUGUAAUGACUUCAGUGGGUGUGUUCCUGUUUUUGCUUGCAGCAGGAAUGGGUAUGCUUUUCUUCGCUAUAAAGAUGGAGUUGGAGGAGGAGCGUUGCAAGUAUGACAAUAACUAUGGAAACAUGUUGAGUGUGGUGUAUAUAAUACAUUGUGGACUGGACUUCUGUUGCGCUUUGUUGGCUUGUUUUGUUAGAGUCUGGAUGAUAAUCCAUACGUACAAGGUUAAGGAGAUAUGGUCCCCAUCAGCUAAGGUAAAUUGUGUUGAUCGACUUCGUAGCUAUUGUCUCAAGCUAUUCGGAGCUAAGGAGGAAGUGGCUACCUAUGAGCAACUCACAGAUGAAUCAAGCAAAAAAACUGCACAGCAACUAGCUGAAGAGGCUUAUUUACACGAGUACGAGGUUGAGUAUGAGAAGAGAGGGGAACAAGCGAAGGAACAGAUGCUGCCCUUUGUACCUUGGUUCCUGUUUCCCUGGCUACACUUUGCUCUCCUCACUGUUAUCAAUCCUCAUCUUCUGCUAACACCCUGGACAUAUGAUCACAAUGGUCGCAAGUCGAAAAUCAUUGCAAAGAGCCGAUACUUUUAUUUAUUGGGGGUGAUAGUGUAUUUUGUUCAGAUCCUGGUACAGAAUGCGUGUGCCAUGCGAAUGAACCAGUACCACAAAGACUAUCACAGAGAUAUGGAGAAGAGAGUAGUGCACAAGUACGGACGCUAUACAGAGAACCCUCAGACUACUACCAUUGUACCCUCGGUUCCGGACGAUAGCGUGGUUGAGAAAAAGAAGAAUUACAUUUUCAUAGCAAGUCAGAUCUCAAUGAAAUUCAAGGAUGAAUAUAACUUUGAACCAACUUUUUUCUCCUUUUUCAUUAACAUUAUAGAGAAUCCGUAUUAUAUGAUCAUUCUUGUCAUUGGUAUUGCCGUCAGUGCAUCGGACUUUUUAUACAAAUAAACGGUAGAUCAUAAUUGUGUGACAAUUGUAGCAUUAAUUUUUUAGAAAGUAUUUUCUUGCUUAUUUUUAACGAUACAUGUAUUCCUGUCAUUAUUGAUAUAAUAAUUAUAAGUUUUGUCAUCCAAAAUAUUUAACCACCCUUUUGAAAAAAAACCAGAGUUUUUUGUGUUGUGGUUUUUAGCUACCACUGUUGUGUGAAUCUUACAAUUCUCACUAUUUCGAUAUUAGUCUCCCCACACUCUAAAGCCCCGCCCCCUAGCCCUCUCAUUAGCUCCUCCCUCCACACUCUAAUUAUUGUAGCACUAUAGCUACUGAAAUACAAUAAUUUUGGGGAAAAUUUAAAUAAUGGCCAUGCACAUGACUCUUAUCAUUAAACUUAUACAUGUAACCUAGAGUGAUGCAAUGCUAAGGAGAUAAUUAUUCACCAAUUUGUGUGUAAGAACUACCCAGUACUCGCAACUCCCGCCACCCAGUGCUCGCAACUCCCACCACCCAGUGCUCGCAACUCCCGCCACCCAGUACUCGCAACUCCCACUACCCAGUGCUCGCAACUCCCGCCACCCAGUGCUCGCAACUCCCGCCACCCAGUACUCGCAACUCCCGCCACCCAGUACUCGCAACUCCCGCCACCCAGUACUCGCAACUCCCGCCACCCAGUACUCGCAACUCCCGCCACCCAGUACUCGCAACUCCCGCUACCCAGUACUCGCAACUCCCGCCACCCAGUACUCGCAACUCCCGCCACCCAGUACUCGCAACUCCCACUACCCAGUACUCGCAACUCCCGCCACCCAGUGCUCGCAACUCCCGCCACCCAGCAACUAAGUUAACAGUGUGUACAUGUACACUAUAUAAGGAACGGUCAACGCUCUACGCUUAGUGUUGCAAAGAUUCUGUAAAGUCUGUUAUAGCAAUACUUCCCUGAAAAAUGUCAGAUAAUGAAGAAGAGUUUCUGACAGCGUCCUUGCUCCAUAAUGCGUACUCAUCAACAGAUUCCCAGCCGGCAUUAUCACCUGAUACGGGUACGCCUGAGGAGAUAGUAGCCUCAAAUGUAAGAAACUCUCCUCCGGAGGUAAGGUGUAGCUAGCUUUCUGCCUGUUUCUGUUUGUUUAUACCUACUGGUCACAAUCCUUUAUCAUAAUAUACUACAAUGUAUACAGGUGACAAAAAAACCUACCACCUCAAAUAUCAUCUGUCUCUGUUUUGUGGUGGGAGUGAUCGAACUGCUUCUAAUGUUUGGGCUGGUUCUGAUGGUUACCAAGUACGUGCUCUUUGUCGAUGCAGGGUGUCACCACCUCAAUAGCGCUAAUAGCUCCAAUGGCAGCAGCACAGGUUAUCACUGGUUCCAUGUCAACGGUAACAAGAUUGAGACGGGCGGCUACAUGCAUAUCUCGUUGAUCCUCUUCUCAGCCUUUAUCUCGUUUCUCCAGAUCCCGGAAUACAUUUCGCUUGCUUGUGGGACCUAUGAAUGGCUUAAACCCCGCCCUCCAACUUCCCGCUCUUGUAACUCUGUCACUACCCGCUCUUGUUGCUAUGUAGUGUCUUCUUCAGUGGGUGUGGUACUUUGUUUGGUUGGACUAGGAGGGGUUGUGCUUUACUUCGCUAUAAACAUGGAAUUAGAGGAGGAGAGUUGUAAGGAGGACAAUAGCUAUAGACACACAUUGGUUGUGUUGCAUAUGAUACAUAGUGUGAUAGACUUCUUGAGUACUGUGUUGGCUUUUGUGGUUCGCCUCUGGAUGAUAUACCAUACGUACAAGGUUAUGAAGAUAUGGUCCAUACCUGAGGCUAUCAAUGAGGAGAAACGAGCAGAUGAAUUAUCAAGCAGUAAAACUGCACAGCAACUAGCUGAAGAUAAUUUUUACAACGAGUACGAGGUUGAGUAUGAGAAGAGAGGAAAGGAAGCGAAAGAACAAAUGCUGCCCUUUGUCCCGUGGUUCCUGUUUCCCUGGCUGCACUUCUUUGUCCUCACUCUUAUCAACCCUCAUCUUCUGCUAACACCGUGGACACAUGACCACAAUGAACAUAGGUCGGAAGUCAUUGCUAGAAGCCAGCUAUUAUAUUUUGGAAUUGUGAUAGUGUAUUUUGUUCAGAUCGCGGUACAACAUGCGUGUGCCAUGCGAAUGAACCAAUACCACAAAGACUAUCACGCAGAUAUGGAGAAUAGAGUCGUGCACAAGUACGAACGCUAUACAGAGAACCCUCAGACUACUACCAUUGUACCCUCAGUUCCGAACGAUAACCCUCAGACUACUACCGAUGUACCAUUAGUUCCGAACGAUAACCCUCAGAUUACUACCAUUGUACCCUCAGUUCCGAACGAUAACCCUCAGACUACUACCAUUGUACCAUCAGUUCCGAACGAUAACCCUCAGACUACUACCGAUGUACCAUUAGUUCCGAACGAUAACCCUCAGACUACUACCAUUGUACCAUUAGUUCCGAACGAUAACCCUCAGACUACUACCAUUGUACCAUUAGUUCCGAACGAUAACCCUCAGACUACUACCAUUGUACCAUCAGUUCCAGACGAUAGCGUGGUUGAGAAAGAGAAGAAGUACAUUUUCAUAGCAAGUCAGAUCUCAAUGAAAUUCAAGGAUGAGUACAAAUUUGACCCGACCUUUCUCUCCUUUUUCCCAAACGUGAAUGUAGAGAAUCCGUAUUAUUUGUUGGUUUUUAUAGUUGGUAUUGCCGUCAGUACAUAGAAUUUUAUACCAAUGAACGAUUAUAAAAUUGUGGCAUUUUUAGUUUGCUUUUUAGGCAAAUGAACUGUAGAUGUAAUAUUUAUCAUGA